UAGGAAUGUACCACCGCGCCAGGGUGAAAAGGGGAGCACCUUUCGCUAAAAACCCGGCCGGUAGCUUUCGCUCUCUUUUGCCCGAGGGGACGCGGUUGGCGCGCGCGCCGUUUUGCUGAUUUCACUUGUAACGCGUUCUGACCAGAUAACCUUUGAUUCCAAGAUUGGGUCUAUUAUUCAUGUUUCUAUAUUAUCCACAGUUCCCUGAUCGUUAAGUUGUGGAGGAGAGGUAUAAGCCUUACGAAGAAUCUAAGUGUAAACAAGUCUUUAUGGUGUCUUAAGAGUUAAGGAAUUGAAAAAACUGGUCGGUUCUUAAGAUACCACACCAUUAUUUUUGCCGCCUAGCGUAACCAGCAACUGAACUUAUAGAUACAUCUCCAUUCUACGAUAAAAUCGGGGUUGCUUGGGUAAGGGAAGCAAUGAUGCCCUAAAAACGGAUGGAUAAUGAAAAAUUAUUGUGCUUUCUGACCACUUUGUUUACUGCAAAAUAAAAAUAGUUAAGCGGAUUUACAUAAUCUGAGAAGCAACUAUACUUCUGCAGCUGAAGAGAGGCGCGGAUGUACGUGAAUGAGCAAAGGAAAAAAAAAAAACAAUUAGCAGAAUGCCUAGUUGUAGCUACGGAAAUAUCGCAAGCUUUCUAUUUGUGAGCCGCUGCUGUGCAAUGAGACCCGAUCGCCUAAAUGCGCUCGAAAUGAAGCGGAUUUUUUUUUAAAAAAUCCAGUGCAGCAUAUUGCCUAUUAAUUUAGAAAUAGGUUUACGAAUAUAACUACCGCGCAGCUGAAAACCACCCGCCCCUGGAACUUUUCGAUCAUCUGACUGUAUAGGCGUUACAUAUAAAGACAAAGAAGUGAGCUUUUUCCGGGCUGGGGGCAGUUGGCAUUGUCUGGUGCCUUCAAACUAACUUUUGCCGAUUCGCGGGACUUUCGUGUAACAGCGGAUUUGCAGAAACCCCAUUAGGCGGGGUAGCACAUCGUGUUCCAUCUGGCAGCUGACGUCACCCAGGACCUUGCCUUGCCCGAAACCUAUCGAACGCGAUGACGUCGCACCUGGCUGUUGACAUAGCGGCGGUUGCCAUGGAACCGGGCCGGUUUGCUUGGCUGGACCUGGGAAGACUCAACAUGGGGAUUUCCCGGGAUCAGAUUUCAGACUUGAAUAUGGAGAUGUAUGAGAUCCUUGGAAAAGUGGGAGAGGGAAGUUACGGAACGGUAAUGAAAUGUAAACACAAAGAAACAGGACAUAUAGUUGCCAUUAAGAUAUUUUAUGAAAAACCGGAAAAAUCUGUCAACAAAAUUGCAAUGAGAGAGAUUAAAUUCCUGAAGCAAUUUCGUCAUGAAAACUUGGUCAAUCUGAUUGAAGUCUUCAGACAAAAAAAGAAAAUUCAUUUAGUGUUUGAAUUUAUUGACCAUACAAUUUUAGAUGAGCUACAACACUAUUCUCAUGGACUGGAUAGUAGAAGACUUAAGAGGUAUCUUUAUCAGAUUCUUCGAGCAAUUGACUACCUCCACAGCAAUAAUGUCAUUCACCGUGAUAUUAAACCUGAAAACAUUUUGGUUUCACAAACUGGAAUUACUAAGCUUUGUGAUUUUGGAUUUGCUCGGACUUUAGCAGCCCCAGGUGAUAUUUACACUGAUUAUGUUGCUACAAGAUGGUACAGAGCUCCAGAGCUGGUAUUAAGAGAUACAACAUAUGGGAAACCUGUGGACAUCUGGGCUUUAGGUUGUAUGAUUAUCGAGAUGGCGACUGGCAACCCCUAUCUACCCAGCAGCUCUGACCUAGAUCUACUUCAUAAAAUCGUGACCAAAGUUGGAAACUUGACACCUCACUUUCAGAGUAUUUUUAUAAGGAGCCCGGUUUUUUCAGGGAUGGUUCUUCCUGAAGUUCAGCAUUCUAAAACUGCAAGAAAAAAAUAUCCCAAACUCAGUGCACUACUUGCAGAUAUGGUUCAUGCUUGUUUACAAAUGGAUCCUGCAGACAGGAUAUCAUCUGCUGAUUUGCUACAGCAUGAAUAUUUCACCAGAGAUGGUUUUGUUGAAAAAUUCUUACCAGAAUUGAAAAGCAAAUUACUACAAGAAGCAAAGCUGAAUUAUCUUUCAAAAUUCAGAGACAGUAGCAAAGAGAUUGAACAAAUCAAAGAUGAAAAGAGAAUAGUUCAUAUUAACAUGUCUCAGAAUGGUCCCAUUAUUGUAAAGGAAAUGGAAAAAGACAAAAAAUCAAAGGAGAUGAAGAUCAAAGGUAUUAAAGUGAAAGGGGGAAAAUCUGAAAUUUCAGAGUUUAAAAGAAAUGAACAAGAAGAUGCUGUUUCACAGUGGAUGACUUUGUCUCAGAAUGCUCUCAACCUACCACAUGAGAGCAAACCCCCAGUUGGUGAUGGUACCAGUUUGAUAACAGUUGGCAUUGAUGCUGGUGGGAUAAGGGAUGAAGCUCCACAGACACCCUGUACAACAAUGCCACGGAUACAUCCAAACUGUGCAAAUCUUACAGCGAAUUUCAGUUCACAUUUCCUGUGUCCUAAUUCAAGACUUCCAGAAAAAGCAAAGAAACGGCGAAGUCCUUGGCCAUCAGUAGGACAAAUAGGUUCAAACAAUCGUCAGGAAGAUGGAGUUAUGACUCAAAACCAAAUGGAAAAGGUUUCCCUGUAUGAAAGAGCUGCUCAAAUUGAUCAAAUGGUGAACAUAAACAGGAAGAAACGCAACAUUUCAAGAUGUGAGAAAAGAGAAAUUCACUUGCCAGAAUUAACUACAACAGGGCAACAGAAAGAACUGAAAGCAAUGGAAAUACACAACUGGAGCAGCAUCUUUCCUUUGUAAAUGGAUGACUGCAUGCAAACCAAAUCUAGAAAUUACUGGAAAUGGGAAGAAAUUCCGCUAUUAUUGGAGUACAGUUAUUGCUGGAUUUAAGUGGCAGCCAGCAAGCAUAUUUGCCCCCAAUUCAAAUGGGGUCUUUAGCCUUUAUAUUUUUCCAUUAGACGCAUUAGUUGUGAUCCUUGACUUACAGCCAUUUGUUUGGUGACUGUUUGAAGUUACAAUACUGAAAAAAGCAACUUAUGAUCAUUUUUCACACUUAACAACCACUGCAACAUUCUCAUGGACACAUGACGUUGGGCAGCUGGCUCAUAUUUAUUGAUGAUUGCAGGUGUCCCAGUGUCACCUGAUCACCUUUUGCGACCUUCUGACAAGCAAAGUCAAUGGGGAAGACAGAUUCACUUAACAACCACGUUACUAACUUAACAACUGGCAAAAAAGGACAUGAAAUAGGCAAAACUCACUUAACAAGCUUGCUUAGCAAUAGAAAUUUUGGGCUUGAUUGUGGUAGUAAUUUGAGGAUUACCUGUAUUGUGUAAAUGUCAUUGGCUGCACUUGUUUUUGUUUGAUUUUUUUAAAACAAGCCCCUCUAUCUAGUGCUGCUUUCUCCAGUAAAAAAAUAGUUUCAUUAGAAUAUUUUAAACAUAAAUAAAAUACUAAAAGAUAAAGUCCUGAAUAAUUUGGCCUCAAGAUGGUCAGGAACAUGUAUUGCUUUAUUUUCUUUGAACUGGAGAAUUUCCAUAACCAACCGAGAAACUACUUUGCAAUCCCCUCAUUUUCUUAAAAGGCUUGCAAUACAUGAGGUAGGGGAAUAGAAGAAUCACUUUUUUAUUGGUGAAAUAUCUUUUGGAUAAUGCAGUGUGAGAUAUCAAAUAUAUUCUGAUAUUUCGCUAGCCAUGCCAUUUCCCCAUCAGAGCAAAUUUGAAACUCAACCCGGCAAUAGAAGUCACAACAUACUACUGUGUUCAUUGAGGCAGUACAUGUCUAUAAGCAGCAGAUAACCAAACAAACAUCCAAAUAAGUAGAAUACAAUGUGUGUGUGUGUGUGUAUGUUUGUAAGUACAGUAUGUAAUGUCAUACGUGUUCAUUACAUAAGGAUGUGAUACCUGUUGCUGCAUUCAACUUCAGACCUGUUCUGAAGAGACUAGUGGCAUGACUAGCAAAAAAAUGUAUUCAUAGUAUUCAUGGUCUCAACUGACAUUCCCCAGAAUUCAUUUCACUAAUAAAUAGCGGCCAUGAAAACUGCAGUGAUUUCUGUUUUCAGUUCCUUUUUUAAAAACAGAUCUUGGGCUAUUUUUAACGCUAAGCAGCCUGAGGAGCUUCAAAUUUGGACCAGAGGCAGUGAUUAAUGUUGCUUUUCUGACGGGUAUUAUGCUCCUGAAAAUGGCCGCUUUCAUUUAUUUUUAACCAUACAGGCUGACGUCCUCAGAUAUACAUGUACUGAAAGCUGAAUUAAAAUAUGAAAGCUUUGAUAAACAGAUCAUUUUUUCUUUUGCAAUGGUUUCUUUUUGCAGUAUUCAAGGAUUUUGUUAGCUAUUGGGUUGUUUGGAAUACUGGAAUAUCAGAACAGAAAAUGUGCAAUUCUAUAUUAAUAAUUUUAUUAAGCUUAUGAAGAUGUAAAUACAAAAGGUGAAAUAUUGGAAAAAUGGAGAAGGAAACGGGGAAGAGGAAGAAGAGUAGGGGAAAGGGGGGAAAAGAAAAUCAUUGACUUCUAACUCUUUUUAGCACACUAAAAUAAGAUAGUGUCAUUACAGCCUCAACUUUUUACUUUUAUAUAUAUACCAGCCAUUUCUAACACAACAAAGUGAUCUAAACAGCCAAACCCACAGUUUAAUUUUUUUUAAAAAAAAGAAAGAGAAAGAAAAAAAAAGUGCAAUUCUAGAAAUAGUUAUUUUUUCUUGUAAAAGUUAAACAGGUAAGAGUGCUGAAAAGGGAGUCAAAGAAACCUGAACUAUCCAAAAUACCAUCUUUACUAAAUAUGGAUCAGAAUCGUGAAAAACAAGAAGUAAGUUAAAUUUCUCUGCCGUGAACUUAUAGCCAUGUAACAAUGUGCUUAGUCUAUUAAAAUUGAUUGAAACUUCCUUGGCUUUGUAUAUGCAGUAAGGACAACAACUCAGCCAAAAAUUAAAAGUCCAGGAUAACCACAAUCCCUUUGGAUAGUUAUCCAUGGGAGGAUAGGAUAGUAUGGGAAGGUAUGUGAUAUCCAUUUGAAAUGAGCAAGAUAUGGUUGAUGAAAAUGUUGUGACAUGAAUUUCCUGCUGGGGAUAUUCACAUUGCUGGUGGGCUGCUAGGUCAGAAUGGUAUAUAGAUCCUAUGGGCAUCAAAGCCCUUCAUUCACUUUGCAUUGGGACUUUACAUUGGCUUCCUUGGUUAAAUACCUAAACUGACAAAGAAAGUUCUCCUGAUUCCUUUCUGAGACUUGAUGCCCAUAUUACUUUUAUGGUAGCAGAAUCUUGGAAGUACCAGAAAAUCUUGCUCUUUCACUCCCAUGUUCCCAGAACUUCUUUGAAUUCCUUUGGUCAGUUAUUGUUUGAAUAGGGUUAUGAGUAACAUUUGCAUUCUUUGGUCUGUUGUUUAUAAGUACAUAAAAAGUAUGAUUUCAAGCUGCAUAAGGAAUGGUAAAAACUGCUGCUAAAACCUUUUGGAAAUUUGAUUGCAAUGUAAAACACUGGGGUUCUGGGGAAGAUUGGUGUGACUGCCCAGAGUUGUUUUUAUACAAUUUGAUUAAUAAAGAAAUAAGAUGAUUUUAGUGAGCUUCUAAUAAAAGUCUUCUAAUUUAUUUUUCAAUGCAAUAUUUAGAGCACAGGAAAUUCAGGAAGUAUGCAAAAUGAAUGAAAAAAGCCAAGUUUUCCAUGUAACAGCAUGCAUCUUGGGAAGAUAUAGAAUGUCUGGCGUAAGACAUUUGCUUUUCAAUUAACUUUUCAUUUAAAAAAUGCCAUGGAUAACUCUGCAGAACAUGUGUAGAUCCUCUAAUAAAGUAUUUUGAAAUGCAGUAGUCACCAAACUAUUCAUUUUGUGUGAAAUUAUAUAGUAUAUUUAAAGGUACAGGCAAAGCAGACCUAUAAUCAGUUGGUUAAAUUAAAUGUUUGGGGAGUGCAUAUGUUGUUAUUAUUUUAGUAUUAGUUUUCUAUUAUUAGAAAACCCUUGCCACCCAGAUGUUGUUGAUCUACACUUUUUAAUAACUACUGCCUGUAUGUUCAUGGUCAGGGAUGCUGGGAACUGUAGUUCUUUAGAUCUUGAGGAACCACUUCUUUCCAUACUGCCUCAUGUAUUCAGCCUGGGAAAUUAUCAGAUUGUUUUGUUUUCACUUUGUGGUGAAAAAACAAAAACAAAUAAAAGAGAAGACAUACCACAGUUUUCACAGAAAUUUCAGACUGUUGAAUGAUCAGGGAUUAUGCUGGUAUAUGUACUCAAUGCUCACACUAAGACACCAGGAAACACCUUAGCAUUCAGCUUCACAUAAGCACACAUAGAGUAAUCAAAAUUAUACCAAAGUGCCUUUAGUCCAUUAGACGUCACUUGCAUUGCUAGCAAUGUACAGUUCUAUGAAAAAUGCAUUAUCCAUUUUUAGUUUUUUAUGAAUUUUGCAUAUCUUUGCCACUGAAUAUUAUCCACUACAAAUAUUUUUAAUUUUGGUAUUAUUUUUUCUCUCACAUAAUUAUUUGGUAGAAAUUAAUAGCAAACAUAUGCAAACAUUUCAACAGGGAAUGAAUACUUUUUAGCUUUUCACUCUUCAGCUCCAUGCAAAAAAAAGAUAUUGCUAAAUGUGGCUAUUACUAAUAAAGCAUAUCAGAACAUUGUAUAAGAUAAUAUGCAAGGAUUCUAGCUUAUGGAAUAAUUGUAGCUGGUCUCAACUACAAAAGAUAAGUUUGGAUAAGGAGAAAACUAACAGAAAUCAUCCACAAACACAAACAUUUAGAGCCCAGGACAACUCUUACCAUAAACUUCUAAUGUUUCUAGCCUUUAGCCACCUUCCCAUCUCUGGUUGUUCACUGGCUGCUAAUACAAAGGGCCUUCAGUUUAUCCUGUGACUUAAUUUGCCUUUGAAAUACUAUUGUCUGAGUCCCUGUCUUCUGUAUUUCUGGACAUAUAAUUUCUGCUACUUGUUAUGAUGGAGAAAGUAUUUGUAAGAUAUUGUAAAAUGAUUUGCCCAAUAAUAAUAAUAAAUAGAUAUCACUGCUGAAAUACAAUCAUGUAACUUACAUUUUAUAUAUAGUACUGUGCAAAAGUCUUAGGCCACCACCUGCUUUGUUGCUCUAGCAAUGUUUUAAUGACCAUAAUUAUGUUUUGGUCUUGAAUACCACAUCUUGAAUAUCCAAUUUGUUUGUUGAUUUCCCUUUGAGAAUAGUCUUGCUGAUGCAAAAGUAUGAUUUUUUUGUCUGUCAAAUUCUGUGUUCCUUGGCAUUUUGACUGAAAUGAUUUGAUAGAAAUUGGGCCUUAUUAGCAAGCUUCCAAUGAAUUACACUCAUACAACAUGUGUCUAUAGUGUAUGUAAUCCUGAAGCAUAUGUUGCACAAACCUGAUGUAAUAGACCUUUUUGCACAGCAGUCAUUUUAGCAUGACAUAAUAAGACACAUACAGGUGUUAGCAAUGGCAGUACCUAGGGUUCCAUUCCAUUUAGGUUUAUGGGGGCCAGGUGUCUGCUGUUGCUCAGGUGCAAGGGGAGGUCACACCACAUACUUGUCACUUUGGCCCGUGGAAGCUGUUUUUUCUGCUUUUCUCUAUUUUGGAUUCUGCACACGAAUUUCCUAUAUUUUCUGGCUAUACUUUAAUAAUGAGACUAAGACAUAAUUAUAUAUGGUCAUUAUACAAUUGCUACAACAACAAAUCUAAAGGUGGCCUAAGACUUUUUCAUAGUACUGUACAUAAUCAGUUUUUCUGAUAAUGUCUGAUUCUGGGUAAGCAAGCACCAAACAUGCUGGGAAAAUUUUUUAAAAAGCAGCUUCUCAUCCUGGUUCUUAUUUUGAGAGUAAGACAGUUUAUCAAUUAUAUCACUGGUGAUGUUAAUUAAAGGUACCCUGUAGCUCUGAUGUACAGUAUUUGAAUGCAUUGCAUAGGCAAUAGAAUAUGAGCACUGAAAGCAUAAUCUUAAUAUUUAGCACAAUCAAAAUAUGGAGAAUCAGAAUAAUAUAUACAUGUGCGGGGCAAAAUAUUCAGAAAUGGCUUUUGAAAAUGGCAUUAUGGACUACUACAUGGUUUAUCAAGAUAUCUAUAGAUGCUGAAAUAUGUAAAAUUGCAGUCAGGAUUCUUCAGAUAGUGAUAGAAAGUAAAUAAUAAAUAUCUGUAAUGUAUGUGGAAGAAAGUAAGAACAGGAGAGAUGAGUAGGAAAAGGAUAAUUGCCAUAUCUAUACUGUAUCCAGUAUUUUUAUUUAUUUAUUAGCUUUAGAGGCUACUGAACUCCAGAUUUGGUGAGCUCAUAAUUAAAAAUGGAAAAACAAUAAAAAAAUAUAUGCCCAUUUUGUUUCCAUCAAUUUGACAUAAUCAGGAUUGUGCAAUCUGAUCAAUGCAGUGCUAUUAAUAAUAUGUCUAUUGCUCUAAUUACUAUUAUUUGGAGAAGGCCAUUGUCUCAAAGCAAGUGGGAAAAACAGCACUGGCUGUAGUACCUUUUGAUUAAAACCAGCCAAUACGUUAGGGAUUACAAAGUAUAUUCUACUUCAAACUGAUAGGAGUAUUUUUUAAUUAUUCAUAUUGGUUGGUAUGUUUUAAAUGCUCUGCUAAACUGUUUUUUAUUUUAUUUUUCAGGAGGUCAGAGAAACUUACUGUUAAUGCAACACAAAGUGAAUGAAUGCAGUUUUUUUCUUUAUGGUUUUCCAUUGAUUAUGCUUUUCACCAUUCAGCUUCAAGUACUUGAUAAAGGAAAUAAACAGGAAAUAGCUUU